CUGAUUAAAUUAUACCAUUCACGGUCAUAUCUAUAUGGCUGUGAUAUCAUUAUUCAUUAUCCGCCACAAUAUUAAAUUGUGUUGUCAACACAGAUAUAUAUAUUAAAUAUUAAUAUAUAUAUCUGUGGUUGUCAAUGUUUGUAUCUUAUCUGUUAUCUGUGGUUUGGCUAUUAUGGUCAACGGGUUUAAGUAGUUUAACCAUGUUAAUGUUACGAAAAUAUUAGAAACGAGUGGAUAUUUUUGUACGAAAAUAGAAUUAUCAAUAUGAAUAAUGAAUAUUACUAUUCUUUGUGUGGAAACGUCAAAUUAAGCCGGGUGGUGGGGCGCUGCACGAGCAAGGUCGAUCUUAUUAGGUAAUAGCAUUGAUUUUAAAAUAUACUUAUAUUUUAAAAUCAAUGGUAAUAGGUAUUCUAGUAUUUAUGUCGACUCGUUCAAAGGCUAAAAUCCACAAUACUGUGUUUACUGUUUAUUGUUUUGUUUUUGAAUUUGAGUGUUGUACCGUUGUUCUAAACAUAUUAUAAUUAUAUAUAAAUUUAAAAAUGAACUGUGAUUUAUGUGGAAAAUUAAAAGCGAAAUUAAACGAUGCCAAUUGGGCACGCCACAUUGAAGCUUGUAAAAACAAAAAAAGAAAGUUAAAGCGUUUUCAAGACAUUGCAAGUUUUUUUUCUCCAAACAGAGAGACAAAAAAUACUGUUGAUUGUGUUGAAACUAGUACUCUAGAACCUCGUCCAGUUGUUAAAGAGACAGAAAAUACUGUUGAUUGUGUUGAAACUAGUACUCUAGAAUCUCGUACAGUUGUUAAAGAGACAGAAAAUACUGUUGAUUGUGUUGAAACUAGUACUCUAGAAUCUCGUACAGUUGUUAAAGAGACAGAAAAUACUGUUGAUUGUGUUGAAACUAGUACUCUAGAAUCUCGUACAGUUGUAGAAGAUAACAUAUGUAAAUGGAAGAAUGAUCCAUGUCUUUUCAUCAACAAACAUUUAAGUCCUGAAGAAAAACGAUUGAUUUCUGAACUUGGACCGUGUCAACCAUUAGCAGAUGAAUUAUUUGGUUAUCAAUUUCCAAAUAAUAUCAAUGGGAGGCAUUUUAAUGAACAGUGGUAUUUCAGAGUGCUACCUGACGGCAAAAAAAUUGUUAGAGAUUGGUUAUCUUACUCGCCGAAAUUAAAUAAGGCCUUCUGCUUGCCUUGUAUACUUUUUGGUUCAGAUAAAAAUAUUUCGUCAAGAAUGUCCUGGGCAGUAAAUGGUUAUGAUUGUUGGCAAAAUGGUCGCAAUAAUAUUAGUGCUCAUGAAUUAACUACAUCACAUAUCAAUUCAUCUGUCGUAUUAAAAAUUCAAAAAAUUACUUUACCAAUUUUACCAUCUUUAGAGUAUGGCAGAAGAUUGGAAAUAGCAACUAACCAAAAAAUUGUUUCGGAACUUAUUAAUAUUGUUAUUUUUUUAGCACAACACAAUAUUGCAUUUCGUGGAAACAAAGAAAAUUGGUCAUCUAACAUUAAAGGAAACUUCAAAGAUCUAGUUAUUCUUAUGGCAUCUCUAUCUCCUAUUUUGUCAUCUCAUCUGUCUCUAGUCAAGUCUAAAGGUAAAAAAGCAACUUCCUUUAUUACUUGGGAACGCCAAAAUCAAUUGAUUGACUGUAUUAGUCAAUCUAUUAAAUGCACCAUAAAUAAAGGAAUAUCUGAAGCAUCAUUUUUCAGUAUUUCUAUUGAUUCGACGUUUGAUGCAUCUCGAACCGAACAAAUUUCUUUUAUAGCAAGGUAUGUAAAUAGUACUGGUGAUAUUUUUGAAAGACUGCUUGCCCUCAAAUCAUCUGCGAUUACAACAGGAGAAGUUCUGUUUAAUAUCUUUAAGAGUGUCAUGGAAGAAAAUAAUCUCCAAUGGAAAACUGCAUUAGUGGGUCAGUCAUACGAUGGAGCUGGAAAUAUGUCAGGUGAACAUAAAGGUUUGCAGUCUCGAAUCAAAUUGGAAAAUGACCACGCUUUGUUCAUAUGGUGCCAUGCACAUCGAUUAAACUUAGUUGUGACAUCUAUAAUUUCAAAAGGCAAAGAUGGUAUAGAUAUGUUUGGUAACCUUGAAAGUUUAUAUGCUUUUUUAUGGACAAGUAAAAAACGAGUUGAUAUUUUUCGACAAAAACAGUAUAAAUUAUAUCCAAAGAAACAGCUUCAAUCUGUGAAACGUGUUGCAACAACAAGGUGGAUGUCACAUUCGGUUGCUUUGAAAACAAUAAUAUCUAAGUUUGAAGCAUUAAUUCAAACCUUAGAAGAAAUAAUUGAAAAAGAAGGUCCAUCAGAUGUGAAGGCUGCAGCAACUGCUAAUGGUUUGAUUAGGUAUUUUUUGUCUUUUCGAUUUAUUUUAACAGCAUUUUGUUUUAAAAUAUUAUUUGAUAUUCUUGAUCCACUCAAUAAAGCAUUUCAAGAAUCAGAUAUCGAUUUGUUGACAGCAACAGAUCUGAUUUUCUCUGCUCGCUAUGAUCUUAAAAAAUCUAGGAAUGAUAAUGUAUUUCAAAACACUGUAAAUAAUGCUAAAGAUUUUAUUAAUGCAUCUGAUAGAGAAUUUGAAGAACUUAAACAGAUGAGACCCAUUAAAGUACCUAGAAAACAUGAUCAAAAUGUAAUAUGUUCAGAUAAUGCUAUUGUAGAUCCGUUAUUUAAAAUGAAAGUUGAGACAUUUAACGUUAUAUUAGACACAACUCUGUCAACUUUAGAAAGUCGAUUUAAUGAUGAACAUAUUGGUAUUUUGAGGGAUAUUUCAUUAUUUUCAAAGAAAAGAAUUGAUGAAAUAAAUAUUAAUGUUAACAAGUUUCCAAUAGACAGUUUUAGUGUAUUUUGUUCAACUUAUACAAUUAUUUCACAGGAAGAUCUGAAAACAGAAUAUUUACAGUUUGUUAAAAUUUUUAAAAUGUUAAAUAAUAAUAUUGAAUUGCCUCAUGAAUUACAUCAAACACACAAUUUUGAUGAAGAUGAUAAAUUAACAUCAUCGUCAAGUGAUGAAGAAGAAGAACUAUUACCUACAAAAAGUAAACGGGAAAUGCAAAAUGCUGGUAGUAUAAAUCAUGUUUUUAAAGUUUUUUGUACAGCAAACAUGAGUACAGUUUUUCCAAAUCUUUACAUUGCGUUGAAAAUAACUGUAACAUUGCCAGUUAGUAGCGCAAGUACAGAAAGGUCAUUUUCACGUUUGAAAUUACUUAAAACCAGACUGAGAACUAGUACAUCUCAAAACCGAUUGGAAAACCUUUUAAUAAUAUCUUGUGAAAAUGAUAUUGAAGUUGACAAAGAUGAAGUGGUUAAAAAAUUUGCAGCUAAAAGUAAAGUUCUAACUAAACUGCUUACAAUGUAGUUUUGUU